AUGAAUUACAUUAAGAACGAUGAUCAUUUGUCCAUAAACAGUUCAAUGGCGGGCGAUGAAAACUAUUCCGGCAUGCCGGGAAGUUUUGAACACGGUCUGAGAACACGACACUCAAGCAAAAAAAGCGAUUCUCUAUUUACUCAGCGUGACAACCAAUAUCAUGGCAUUAAGGAUUCCCUGUUGCUGUACGAAGGCCAAUCGUUUGAGCUGGCUCACGAGAAAGCCUCAGAUCUUCCACGAAGGCAAAUGAGUGGUGCCAGAGACAACACCAAUCCUGAGAAACCAACCAAUAAUUUUAACUGCGGCAGACACGUCUGGUACCGAGGAAACAAUAGUUAUGCGCGCGGGCCUUCCGAAGAUGGAGCUGAAAUUCUUUCUCCGAAUAAUUCCCCGAGUAUCCGAGACGUGCUCGAAAACGCUGCGCAUUCUAUCGCAAAAAGCCAAAAAGCCUGUUUGGGCAUCAAGGAGAGUUUAAGAAAGUAUAGCUCACCUACUUCGGUUCGUAUUCCAGGCAGCUUUUCGGCUGUUGAGGCCAGUGCUGUCCAUAUUGAUCGUGAUACCCAUAAUGACGGUGAAUUAGGACAACGGGAAAGUGCGACAAAAUCAAGCUCAAUUGAACCCAUAGCUUAUCUUCCAAUUUGUCUACUAAGUCCCAUCGUUAUCAAAACCCUCUACUUUUUACUUGCUCAGUCCGUUACGCUGGAAAGCAGAAACUAUUCAUUCACCGGAACCUGCGCUAUGAUCGUCAAUGCUGAGCUUUCUGGUUUUACUCUUUCGCAAUUGGAUAAUUUGGUACUUCAAAUCACGGAAAUCUGGUUGCUAAUUAAAACCAUGCCGAUUUUGAUCAAGGCCCCAUGGAGGUUCUACGCUACUGCAAUGCAGUAUGCUUCGUAUCCUUUGAUGGGUGAGGAUUUAUAUCAGUCCAGCGAUGCAUUGCCAUUCCCGGAUGUCGUCGCACUUUUCAAACGUCACGAAACGUUUGGUCUCCGUCUUCAAAGAGCCAGUCUCAUUGUUCUCCUGCUUUCACCUAUCUUAUUGACGUCAGGCUUGUUGCUAGCUCAUACCUUGACUCUGAAACUAGCCACUUACGAUCUUUCAAUAUGCACGCCUUGGUCGGUUUAUUCUUCUUUCAUGGCCAUAGUAUUCUCGCGGUCUCAGUUCGCAAUGCUGAUAUGGUGCAUAUGGUAUCAAUACUGCAAAGACGCUUUUGAACACUUUGAGAAGUAUGUGAUUGACCAGCAGAAAACGUUUCUAAAAGACGCAGAAUUCAUUGCUGAACGAUUAGAGCAGACAGAUCCAGCGGCACCCGAAGGAUUAGAUGCCGGAACCAAACAAUCCAUCAUCUCUCGGAGACCUUUUUUUCCUACAAGAAAAAACGUUUCUAGUCCAACUUUCGAGGCCACACAUCCAGUCGACAGUCCAAGCUCAAAGAUUCAAAUACCUCCGUUCGCUAUGGCUGCUUACGAAAGUCCUCUCAAGAGCAAAAGGGUACACCAUACCCCGCGGUCGACCAUACAGCCGGUUUCCCCGCAGGCCGGUCCUCCGCCUCCUGCUGACAGACCUACUGGCUCAAGAAAUUGGAUACAGUACUUGGGGAUUGUGGCACGGUUACCGCUUUUUGUACUGUCAUUAAAAUACAAAAUGUGUCGACUGGGCUUAAAGGUGGGAGUUUACGUUUCAUUUUUCUCCUACUGGUUGAUAUUGGGACGCUGGCGCUCAAGUAGGUCGAUAAACGCACAAUCUUAA